AUGGAUACUACUACUGUGGCCAUUGCCACUGCUGUGAUUGUUGUUCUUAUAACUCUUCUUCUUCUCUUUAAAAAAGGUGUGAAGAAGAACACCGUCUUAUUCGUCGGAUUGAGUGACUCAGGAAAAACCAAAAUGUUCACUAAGAUCGUCAAUCGAAAUGCCGAUGCUAUAACUUAUACAUCAUUCCAAGAAAAUAUUGUGGAACUCCAAGUUAAAGGAGAUUCCGUACAUGUAGUAGACUUCCCAGGAGGCGAGAGAUUCCGAAAACAAUUGGCCGAAAAAUGGCUUACAAAGGAGAGAAGUUCAUUGAAGGGAAUUGUUUUUGUAAUUGAUGCGUCCACUUAUUCUAAAAGAGCACGAGAUGUUGCUGAAUUCCUCUAUGAUGUUAUUCUGAACUCUGGAUCACGUAUUCCCGUACUGUCUGCUUGCAAUAAACAAGAUCUUAACUUGGCGAAAAGUGAUCAAGUUGUGAAAACUGCUUUGGAGAAAGAGUUAGGCCUCAUCAACAAGACCAGAGCUGCUGCUUUAGUAACCACUGAUGGUUCAGCCAAUCGCAAAACAUUAACAGAUACUGGAUCAGACUUCACUUGGUCUGACCUCAAAUGUUCCGUGGACUUUGUGGAAUGUAGUGCCGAGUCCGACAAAGGACUUGAUGCCAUAAGAAGUUGGUUAAAAAACUAA